UCCACCCACCCGAGACAGCUGGCCAUGCAAAACGAACUGGCCCAUUGAUACUUCGCUCGACGCUGAACAGAAUGACAUCUCCCUACAUUAUUUAAAAACAAAUGUUUGGCUAUAUUUGUUGAGUUUGAACUCCUUGUGAAAGUAGGCUACUGUUUUGUCAACUUCAGCACAACGGGAACAGGAAAAAGUGCGCCUAUGCAGGCUACUUGUAAUGUAGUCUAUGCGUGACUUGUCGAGUUUACCCUUUGCAAAGCGAAUUAUUUAAUGGUUGUUUAGCGAACCGAAACGUCACAUUUUCAUCUCGGGGAAUGCCUUUACUUAAAACUACUUUAUUUGCUAACGUGGCAUCAAAUAGAGAGUGGUGUCGGUUGUAGUUUCUGAUUGGUGAGUGGUGGUGUAGCUGGUUUGGCUUGUGUCCCAAAACUAGAGAACUGUCAAAAGAUCUGGGAGCUGUCGCAUAGUUCAAGCUGGUCCGAACUCUCACUAAAAUGUAAGAGCGAGGCAUACGUGUCUGUAUUGUAUUCACUUGCCCGUCUUAAUUAGUAAACUUCAACAUGAGCGGCGAAAAUGAAAAACCCUCCUUGGUUUAUGGCGAAAUCAAAGACAAUCAAAAUGUGUUAGAUCUGGAAAAAAAUACAAUUAUGAAGUCUGCCGUUGACAGCGAGGACGUGUGCAUGGAGCACAAGAUACGACUCAACCAGAACGGGGACGAUACAAACCAAACCAUCAAACUAUACAAGCGGCGAUGGUUCAUCGUGUUGCUAUUCAGCUCGUAUUCUCUCUGCAACUCGUUCCAAUGGAUCCAGUACGGAAUUAUCAACAACAUUUUCAUGAAGUUCUACGGUGUAGAGUCUUUCACUAUAGAUUGGAUGUCUAUGAUAUACAUGUUGACUUACAUCCCCUUCAUAUUCCCGGUCACCUGGCUACUGGAUAAGAAGGGGCUCCGUGUCAUUGCGCUGGUGGCUACAGCCAUGAAUUGCGCGGGGACUUGGAUCAAAGUGACCAGUGUGAGACCCAACCUGUUCGCAGUCACCAUGCUCGGACAGUUCUGUUGCUCCCUUGCGCAGGUGUUUAUCCUUGGGAUGCCGUCGAAGAUCGCCUCGGUGUGGUUUGGAUCGGAGGAGGUGUCCACCGCUUGCUCCAUCGGGGUCUUCGGAAACCAGCUGGGUAUAGCCAUUGGGUUCCUGGUCCCUCCCAUCCUGGUGCCUAACGUUGACGACAUGGAUCAGCUGGCCUAUCACAUCAGUAUCAUGUUCUACAUCACAGCAGGAGUUGCUACACUGCUCUUCCUACUGGUUGUCAUGGUGUUCCAGGAGCGUCCGGAGCUCCCUCCCACCCAGGCCCAGGCCACAGCUCGCUGUAUCUCUCCAGAACAGUACUCCUACACCGCCUCCAUCCUCAGGCUGCUCCGAAACAAACCCUUCCUCCUCCUCAUCCUCACAUAUGGACUGAAUGUGGGCUGCUUCUAUGCUGUGGGCACGCUACUGAACCGCAUGAUCAUCGAGCAUUACCCUGGUGAAGAGUUGAAUGCAGGGAGGAUAGGUCUCACCAUCAUUAUCGCUGGCAUGGUGGGUUCACUGAUCUGUGGCAUCUGGUUGGACAGAACCAAAACAUACAAACAGACUACCCUGACGGUCUACCUCAUGUCCUUCGUAGGGAUGUUGGUCUACGCCUUCACCCUCAGUCUGGGUCAUCUCUGGGUAGUCUUCCUCACCGCUGGAGCUCUGGGGUUCUUCAUGACAGGCUACCUGCCCCUGGGCUUUGAGUUUGGAGUGGAGCUGACCUACCCCGAGUGUGAAGGAACCUCUUCUGGCCUGCUCAACUGCUCUGCACAGGUGUUUGGUAUCAUGUUCACUAUCUGCCAGGGGAAGAUCAUAGAUAACUACGGGACGCUGGCAGGAAACAUCUUCCUCUGCGUCUUCCUCUUCAUCGGAUCGGUCCUCACAGGCUUCAUCAAGUCAGACCUGCAGAGACAGAAGGCCAACCAGUUAGCCAAGGCAGCUGCGGAUGGAGAGCUCUCUGGUCAGCAGCAGGACUACGGGGCCACGGCUCUAAUCAACAAGCCAGACUGCCCUGCUUCUCUUCAGGCUUGAUCACUAACCCAUAUACCCUAUAACCCCUACCCUCUUAGCUGGAACAUCAGAUGGGCCAAGGUAGGGGCACAGCCAACCAAUAAUCACCACACGCUUCCCUGUCAUUCUUCUCUUAGGAGUGAAUCCUAACUUACCGCUUUUCCCAUUCGACAUCAGUGCAUGAUGCAAGUUUUAAGUUAGGAUUCACUCUCCUGAACACCUUUCGCUUUUGACCAGGAACUUCCUGGAAACUUUGUAGUGCAAAUUAAAAAAAAUCUUUAAUUUUUUUCUCCCAUUGGCUAAAAAUGGACUUUAGAUGAUCUAAGUGCUAGGAAGUUUUUGGGGAAAUUAAAAACGUAACCCUCAACCCCUCAUCUCAACCCUGCUGUUCCAUGUUCACUUCCCUCUAAACUCUCCACGCUCCAGAUUACAUGAUUAGACACGGGCUAUUUUCACCUGUAGUAUGUUGAAUAAGAUGUAUGGGAUAAUCUUUUAACCUUGUGUUGUGCCUAGUACCUGUAUGUAUGUAGAGUGUUGUGUUUUUGUUCUUUUAGUUAUCUGUUGUGUUGCUAUGGAUACUCACAGUUGGUCUGCUUGUAUUUCAGACUAAUACUGUUUUGCAUCGGGAUUUUUAAAAAUUCUAGUAACUUCUUCAAAUUUCCAGAAAUCCUGGUUGUAAGAUGCUUAGGAAUCAGAAGGGAAUAAGCAGAUAAUCCUCCAGCUGAGAUCUCUGGAAAACCUGGGGAUUCUGGGAAAGUUUUUAGAACAGUCUUUAGUUGGACUGUGAUUGGUGGAUUGUUUUUGAUUGACAGGUCCCGUCAGAACCAGAGGAUGGGAACAUCCCUGCCCCCGCAGUCCUCGACGAAACCAGGCUUUAGAGACGGACAAUCUGCUGGACACACACACACACACACACACACACACACACACACACACAGUAAAUCACCAGUUUAUGACCACUUCCCUUUAACACUGGCAGCCCAUCUUUUUUUUCACUAAUUGGUCUUUUGACCAAUCAGAUCAGCUCUGAAAAAGAUCUGACAUGAUUGGUCAAAAGACCAAUUAGUGAAAUAAAAAAUCAAUUGGGCUGCCUGUGGAAACACAGCCUACGUCUUCCACACAGCCUACGUCUUCCACACAGCCUACGUCUUCCACACAGCCUACGUCUUCCACACAGCCUAAUUGUACAAAUACCAUUUCUUUAUUAUUUAUAGAGAAAUGUGUGUAUGUUAUGUAUGUACGCACACACACAGUGGCUUGGCUGAAUGUAGUCAGACCCCUUUGUCCACAUUUUGUUGCGUUACAGCCUGCAUUUAAAAUGGAUUACAUUUAGAUUUUUGGUCAUGUCAAAGUUGAAAUGCAGUGCCAGUCAAAAGUUUGGACAUUCAAAAGGUUUUUCUUUUAUUUUUACUAUUUUCUACAUUGUAGAAUAAUAGUGAAGACAUCAAAAUGAAGAAAUAACAUAUAUGGAAUCAUGUAGUAACCAAAGAAGUGUUAAACAAAUCUAAAUAUAUUUGAGAUUCUUCAAAGCAGCCACGCUUUGCCUUGAUGACUGCUUUGCACACUCUUGGCGUUCUCUCAACCAGCUUCACCUGGAAUACUGUUCCAACAGUCUUGAAGGAGUUCCCACAUAUGCUGAGCACUUGUUUACAGCAAUUCCUUCACUCUGAGGACCAACUCAUCCAAACCACCUCAAUUGGGUUGAGGUUGGGUGAUUUGUGGAGGCCAGGUCAUCUGAUGCAGCACUCCAUCACUCUGAAAUAGCUCUUACACAGGCUGGAGGUGUGUUUUGGAUCAUUGUCCUGUUGAAAAACAAAUGAUAGUCCCACAAAGUGCAGACCAGAUGGAAUGAUGUAUCGCUGCAGAAUGCUGUGGUAGCCAUGCUGGUUAAGUGUGCCUUUUUAAUUUUCAAUCUAUCACUGACAGUGUCACCAGCAAAGUACCCCCUCACCAUCACACCACCUCCUCCAUGCUUCACGUGGGAAAUACACAUGCGGAGAUCAUCCGUUCACCUACUCUGCGUCUCACAAAGACACGGUGGUUGGAAUUAAAAAUCAGACCAAAGGACAGCUUUCCACCGGUCUAAUGUCCGUUGCUCGUGUUUCUUGGUCCAAGCAAGUCUCUUCUUAUUGGUGUCCUUUAGUUGUGGUUUCUUUGCAUGAAUCAGGCCUUCAUGGUCGAAUUGCUGCAGUCUCCUCUGAACAGUUGAUGGUGAGAUGUCAAACUCUAAAGCAUUUAUUUGGGCUGCAAUUUCUGAGGCUGGUAACUCUAAUGAACACUUAUCCUUUGCAGCAGAGGUAACUCUGGGUGUCCCUUUCCUGUGGCGGUCCUCAUGAGAACCAGUUUAUCAUAGCGCUUGAUGGUUUUUCCAACUGCUCUUGAAACUGUCAACAUUUAUAAAAUAAUUCCGUAUUGACUUACCUUCAAAGGAAUGGACUGUCGAUUUUCUUUGCUUUUUUGAGAUGUUCUUGCCAUAAUAUGGACUUGGUCUUUUACCAAAUAGGGCUAUCUUCAGUAUACCUCCCUCCCUUGUCACAGCACAACUGAUUGGUUCAAAUGCAAUAAGAAGGAAAGAAAUUCCACAUAUUAACUUAAAAAUUCACACCUGUUAAUUGAAAUGCAUUCCAGAUGACUACCUCAAUAAAACUGGUUGAGAGAAUGUCAAGAGUGUGCAAAGCUGUCAUCAAGGCAAAGGGUGGCUACUUUGAAGAAUCUCAAAUUUAAAAUAUAUUUUGAUUUAACACUUUUGUUUUGGUUACUACAUGCUUCCAUGUGUGUUAUUUCUUAGUUUUGAUGUUUUCUAUUAUUCUACAAUGGAGACCAUAGCAAAAAAUAAAGAAAACCCCUGAAAUGAGUAAGUGUUUCCAAACUUCUGACUGGUUUCUUUUUAGCGACAUAAAGUAUAUAUUUUUCUCUUUUCAAGGUUUCAGUUGCAUUGAAGUAUUACUAAAACUAUCCUAAAGACAUGGAACACUUUUCAAAAUGUCCAUUGAGCUUUUUGUUUUUGCUGUUCUUAGUCUUAAAAAAAAAUGCUCAUAUCUCCUUGGAGAAAUGUUUUUACAAAUGCUGAUUGCAUGUAAAAAUAUAAAUUUAUAUAUAUAUAUGACAUAAUAAAAGUAUUUUUCUAAGGUG